AGCGGAGCGACGAGGUGAGCGCGGCCGGCUGCCCGACCGACCGCGGCCUGCCAGGGGCCCGGAGAGGCCAGUCCCCAGCCCCCGGUGAUAGAGUUUGGAUGCAACAGAGACCAAGUGGCUCCCAAAGCUGAAGAUAGGGGUCUUGAGAAGCAAUGGCCACAGAAGCCCCUGUGAACAUAGCACCACCUGAACGCAGCACUGCUGUCAGCACAAAAGCUGACAGCUUCAUCUGGCAGCUAAACUCACUGAACAUGCAUGUCAUAAGGCCCAAGUCCGCCAAGGGACGAACACGGCCAAGUCUGCACAAAUCCCAGGGCACAGAGGUGUGGUCUCAACACACACCAUCUUCUCCGCCUCCAGCCAUUCCCUGUGAGCCACCAAGUAGCCAAAAACCAGGAGCCUGUGCACCCAAAUCUCCAAAUAAGGGAGCUCCUGAUGAGAUCCCAGAGUUGCUGCUGCAAGUGCCCAUCGGGGCUUCCUCUUCUCUCAAUAAAUACCCAGUCCUUCCUUCCAUCAACAGAAAGAACCUGGAGGAGGGUGCUGUGGAGAAAGUAGCUAAAAAGGCCAGCUCACUGCAACUGAGCAGCAUCCAGGCUCUUUACCAAGAGGAGACCUGCACCAUGAAGACAGGCCAAGAUGCCAGAGCUCGAGCUUGUACCCCGGAGAGGAAAUUCAUUGUCAGAACCAAAAGACAGGACUCCCCCAGGGCCGGAAACCUGGAGGAACCAUCAGACCAAGAACCAAGGCUGCUGCUUGCUGUCAGAUCACCAUCAGGCCAAAGGUUUGUACGCCAUUUCCGGCCAACUGAUGACUUACAAACCAUUGUUGCCAUAGCUGAACAGAAGAACAAAACCAUCUACCAACACUGCAUCAUUGAAACCAUGGAGGUGCCCAGGAGACGUUUUUCUGACCUCAGCAAAUCUCUGCAAGAAUGCAGAAUCCCCCACAAGUCGGUGCUGGGCAUCUCACAGGAAGAUGGGGAGGGGUGGCCCUGAGUCCACAGCCGCCCAAGCUGGGGUCCUGGAUCUCUGAGCAAGGAGCAUGCUUGGGUGUCAUGGCUUCCCAGGCAGCCUGGUUCCAAGUGCCAUGUGAACCUGGGGCAGCCAUGAUCCUUGGGACUCUCAUCUCCACAGCAUGUCCUCUGAAUCAGUGAAGUCUGCACAUUGUACUGAAUGUGCUGAGAGGACUCCCUUCCAGUUGUUACAUUCUCUCCACCACUGCAGUGAACUGGCAAGUCACCAAAGCUGUUCCUGAAACAGCUGUGGCCAGGACUUCUUCUUUCCAGAGUUUUGGGUUUUUCUAAAAUAGUGGUGCUUUCUGGAGCACCUGCUUGCCUUUAUAAUGAACUCUGAUUCUCUGAAGCCAAUGGUUUGCCUUUCUGUAUUUGAUGCAGGAUUAAACAUUUCCUAGAGAGGAUUCUAGUCUAGUAAAUAACCAGGGUUUAGGAAAUAUCUAAUUGGCAUUUGUAUUUCUUGCAAGUAUCUUUAAGAAACAGGUGGUUGAUCCUAUCUUUGGAAGCAGCCUCUUUCCUGGACUCGGGUGGUCAGAGUUUCUUGGGGAUUAGCAUUAUAUGAGAUGGUAUCAAAGGGAAGAAUAGGUCUUUUGCUAACACAAAUCCUCUAGUAUAUCAACAUUUCUAAAACAGUCCUAGAGCUGGAAGUAGAUUGCUUCCACGACCAGGGAUUACCAGUAGUUACUUUUUAAUAGAGACUGACUAGGUUUACAACUUUUGGUAGCUACUCUCUCUGUGCAGAAUUCUUCCAAAACUGAGAAAAGCCAGUGAAAUCUGAUUUCCUUUGCUUUUGUCAGUAAUGGAAUUUUUUGUUUUUAAAAUGUACAAAUCUGCAAGUCUGUACAAGUCUGUACUAAUGGCCCCCUGGCUUAUCUGGGUGGGGAUAAAUUGUUUUAUCCCCCAGUUUCAGUGUCUCCCUUACAUCAAACAUGAAAGGUCCUUUGGAACAAUGACAGCAGUGCCCCUGUUCUCUGACUUAGAAUCCUCUGCAGGAGGAAGAGGGCACCUCGGUUUGGUGUGCCUGUGCUGAGACCAUGUACCCCAGCAUCUGGUUGACUGGCAUGAAGCGCAUCUGACUGCCUUAGCCUGAGCUGGGUGGAAGACUAUGGAGUCUUGUUUUUCCAACUCUGAAGUGGUGACCUGGACAAUUUGCCAAAGUUCUCUUGUAUUUCUAGUUCAGCCAGACUCCCACAACUCAUCUGGAUUCCCUUUAUGGCCAAAUCACCCCUCAGAGCACAGCCAUCAUGAACCCCUGAGUAUGUGCCCUCACCUCCUAGGUACACAGAGAAAGCAGGAACCAGGGGUUCUAGAAGCACAUAAGUGUUGCUACCUCAGCAACAAGCAUAUCUGUGCACAGAUGAGGCAUGUAGUAGGAAAUGUCACUUCUAGCAUGCCACAGAGAUUAUUAGUACCAUCACCAUUUGCUCUGGAGAAGGCUUGUCUUGUCCUAACUGCAUCCCACACCACCCAGAUCACUUGAGAAUAAAUUAUUUCUGAAUGUUU